UCACCUUUCUUAAUACUCCUCUUCUUCGUCUUCAUCAAUAGAAAGAGUCUGAAGCCGAAAAACCAAAUUAGGUAAAGAUGACAACAUAGUCACACAUCUCACAAUUUCCUUACAUCAAAAUGUUUUUCCCACUUCACAAAAAAUAACCUUAAACAACAUCACAACUUCGCAACUCAAAAUAAACACACAACAUUAUAAAUACCAAUUGUCUCUCCCAAUUUCCAUUUCCUUUUCCAUUCCCAUUUCAUGUUUCUUAACCAUAAAUUCAACACAUUCAUUCAUUUUCAUUUUUUCUUCACUUCGUAGCUAAAAAAACCCACAUGAAUUCUGAAAACCCAGACUUUCUUUCAGCUCCACCGGGUAUCCCUUUCCCAGUUCCAUUGCUAACUCCGAAGCAAGAACCUCGCGAGGAACCAGUUCAACACGAACUACAACAAGAACAACAACAGCAACAACCGAACCUCAAUGAUCUUCCGAGCCUCAAUCUUAACCUAAAUCUUAACCUCGAUGAUAUUUACGAACAAGAAACCCUACCCGACGGGUUUUCCAACUUUAAUCUUCUCUCAGAGGCUUUCCGAACCGGGUUCACUACAGGACUACAACAGCUCGAAAACGACGUCGUUGUUGAAGUAGUUGAUGAUCCUAAUUCACGCGCCAUCGUUCCCGUUCCCGAGGCGCGUCAGAGUUACGACAACAAUGGUCCGGCGGGGGCGGGGGAAGUUGCGGCGCAGAGGAUUCAACGGCGUUACAAGGAGCUGGUUCGCGUGGCGGAUCUUGGUUUAGCGGAGCAGCGUCAGUUUCGUGACCUUGUGAGAAGGACGAGAAUGGUUUACGAUUCGCUUCGUGUUUUGGCUUUGAUUGAGGAAGAGAAGAGAAGUGAUGUUCGGAAAGUGAGAAGUGAUCUGAGAGCUUCUGCUUUGAUGAGAAACAGAGGUUUGUGGCUGAAUCGUGAUAAGAGAAUCGUUGGUCCGAUUCCUGGUAUUUGUAUAGGUGAUGUGUUUCUUUAUAGAAUGGAGUUGGUUGUGAUUGGUUUACAUGGUCAACCACAAGCUGGGAUUGAUUAUUUACCUGCUAGUAUGAGUUCGAACGGCGAACCGAUUGCUACUAGUGUGAUUGUUUCCGGUGGAUAUGAAGAUGACGUCGAUGAAGGCGAUGUUAUUAUCUAUUCUGGUCAUGGUGGUCAGGAUAAGAAUUCAAGGCAGGUUUUUCAUCAGAAGUUGGAAGGCGGGAACCUUGCGAUGGAGAGAAGUAUGCAUUAUGGGAUUGAGGUUAGGGUUAUUCGCGGUGUUCGGUAUGAGGGUACGUCUUCGGCUUCUGGUAAGGUUUAUGUUUAUGAUGGCUUGUAUAGGAUUGUUGAAUAUUGGUUUGAUAUUGGAAAAUCUGGUUUUGGUGUUUAUAAGUUUAAGCUAUGGAGGAUUGAUGGACAAGCUAAGAUGGGUAGUUCGAUUCUUAAGGAGGCUCUUAUGCUUAGGAGGGAUCCUUUGUGUUUUAAACCUAUGUGUGUUUUUUCACUUGAUAUUUCCAAUAGGAAUGAGAAUGUUGGUGUGAGGCUUUAUAAUGAUAUUGAUAGAAGUAAUGAUCCGAUGUGUUUUGAGUAUCUCCCGAGGGCUACUUUUCCGCCGUUUGUGUUUCAUCAGAGUGGGAGGGUGACGGGUUGUGAUUGCGUGAACGGUUGCGUUGAAGGAUGCUUUUGUUUCAUGAAGAAUGGAAAUGAGUUUCCUUAUAGUCAAAGUGGGCUUCUCUUGAAAGGGAGAUCGAUAGUCUUUGAAUGCGGUCCUUUUUGUCGUUGUCCGCCUAAUUGUCGUAACCGUGUUACGCAAAAAGGGCUAAAAAAUAGGUUGGAAGUGUUUAGAUCUAAGGAGACUGGUUGGGGAGUUAGGUCUUUGGACCUUAUUCAAGCUGGUGCUUUUAUAUGUGAAUACACCGGGGUUGUUUUGACUAGGGAGCAAGCACAGAUUUUGAUCAUGAAUGGUGAUUCAUUGAUAUAUCCGAAUCGGUUUUCGAAUAGGUGGGAAGAAUGGGGUGAUUUAUCUUUGGUAGACCCUAGUUAUGUGCGCCCGACGUAUCCAUCAAUUCCUCCUUUAGAUUUUGCUCUGGACGUGUCAAGAAUGAGGAAUGUUGCGUGCUACAUGAGUCAUAGCUCAACUCCCAAUGUGUUGGUUCAGUUUGUUCUAUAUGAUCACAAUAAUUUGAUGUUCCCUCACCUUAUGCUAUUUGCAAUGGAGAACAUCCCUCCAAUGAGAGAAUUCAGCCUUGAUUAUGGGGUAGCUGAUGAUGAGUUGACUGGCAAGCUCGCUAUAUGUAACUGAAUAUUUUGGAAGCUUCGCAGACUUUAUACUAUGCUGAAGCCGAGUUUUGGGCAUCGUACAUUGAGGUAUAUUAAAUUUUGCAGCAUAAUUUUCAACAAGAUUGAGCUUCAUCAAUUUGCAAGGAACAUAGGAUCACUUGUCAUAAUACUCUGUCAGGAUAUUACAUUUCAAUUUGAUUUUCAGUAUACUUGCUGGUUUUAUCCAACCAUACUUGGCUAGUAGAUGGUGCUUUCAUGGGAAGUUCAGAAACUGAAGUUUUGUGUUGUUGUUUUUGUUGUUUGUUUAUACAUUGUUGUCUUGGGAGAACUUGUAUAUGCUGUAAGUUCAAAACUUGUAUAAGGGUUAUAUUAGUGGUUGAUAUGAUAGAAGACAAGCAUGCAGUUUGUAUCCAGAGUCUAGACAAUUACCAAUACUGUUAUGACAUUGUUUGGUUUAUUUGGUGGGUCUCAUUAUGACCUGGUAUGAGGAAAAACCAAUUACAAUGAAAUGGAUAAGGUUGUUGUUGUUUACCAAAUAUUGGCUGUAGAAUGAUAUUGUACUAAUAUAGUACUAAUAGUCAUUUUUAAACCUUUAAGAAGGAUAUGUGAUGAUUAUGUAAUCCUACUUUAUUUCUACGUCAAUUUGGUAAAAAAAUGUUGUGAUUGUUAGUA